AUCCUGAAUGUUCGUGUACAGCACUGGAUCGCCAACAAUCUUUUCGGCAUCGCUUUCGCAAUCAACGGCGUGGAACUUUUGCACCUCAACAACGUGGUGACGGGAUGCAUCCUGCUAUGUGGCCUCUUCCUCUACGACAUCUUCUGGGUGUUCGGCACCAACGUCAUGGUCAGCGUCGCCAAGUCUUUCGAAGCGCCUAUAAAACUGGUGUUCCCUCAAGAUCUGCUGAUCAACGGUCUGAGCGCGUCAAACUUCGCGAUGUUGGGGCUUGGCGACAUCGUAGUGCCGGGCAUCUUUAUCGCGUUGCUACUACGCUUCGACAAGAGCCUCAAGCGCGGCUCUGAGUUCUACUUCCGUGCGACGUUUGGCGCAUACGUUCUGGGACUAUUAUGCACCAUCCUGGUGAUGCACAUCUUCAAGCACGCGCAGCCGGCGCUGCUGUACUUGGUCCCCGCCUGCCUCACCACGCCGUUGUUGCUGGCGUUGCUUCGCGGAGACCUCCAGGCUCUCUUCAACUACGAGGACCAGAUGCCUGUCGUUGAACCGGCGGCGGAGGGCAGCGGCAGGUCCAAGAAGACUGAGUAGACGCUCAGUCAGCCGCUUCUCACAGCACAACACUGCACACCUGUUCAAGUACAUUACGACUCAAUGCGUCACUCUAUUGGCUGGUAUCGAGUUAGAUCGCGAUAUCGACUAUGCACACUUUACAAACAUCAAUGUCACAAAAAGGUGCAGCUAUUCAAUUGUAAUCUUUACUCUGUCACAAGAAUACAACAUAUUUUGUUUGGACUACAAGAUAAUGUCAGUACAGAGUACUAAAAAAACCGACCUUACAAGUUUAUUAUUAUUUUAUUGAAAUUGGUUACCGGAAAUCGGUGCGCGAAAUUCAUCCCCUAGUUGCCA